UUGAGCAAAUUAUGUUUAUUCAAGUAAAAGCACAUCCUGGGAAAAAUCAUCUUCGUUACUUUCCAAAACAGGCUAGAGGAAUUUAUUUCGCAAAAGAAGCCACACUUAACUUUCCACAGAAACUUAUAUUCAGGGGAUCAUUGCUCGGAUAGAGCAAAAAAUCUGCAAAAAAGAAAUGACGAGGCUGGCUCCAAAAUGGCCCACUUUGCAGAGAUUUAUUAUCAUUAGUAUAUUACUCAAAUCACACAUGACCUUAAGUCAAUUCAUGAACUCUUCCAACCAAGUUUGUGGUUGCUACAAUUCCAACCAAUGUGGAUGCGAAAGUGUCAGAGGCCCUCAAGGUGACAUUGGACGUCUGGGCCCCCUCGGGUUCCCGGGACCCAGAGGAGCUCCAGGAUAUCCUGGCAUACCAGGAGAAAAAGGCGCGAAGGGAGAUCUUGGUGACCUCGGAAACAGAGGCAUUAUUGGAGACGAGGGAUCCCACGGCCUUCCGGGGCACCCAGGGCCAUCUGGGAUUCCAGGUAUACCAGGAAGCAAAGGAGAUCAAGGCGACCCUGGAACGUGUGGUCUCAGAGGACUAAAGGGAGAACCUGGAAUUCCCGCAAAAGGACCUAUCAAUGGAUACAAUAUCGGACCUCCGGGAGCAGUUGGAUUAAAAGGCCCUGAAGGAGAACCGGCAAUGAUGCCCAUGAAAGUAGAAAGAGGAGCUUACGGAGAUCCAGGAAGAAGUGGACCACAGGGCCUUACAGGCCCCAGGGGUCUUCCUGGAGUUGCCGGUAAGCCAGGAGUGCCAGGGAUUAAGGGACCGAGGGGAGACAUGGGACUUGUCGGAUUGCCUGGGUACCCAGGUGACAAUUACAAAGGACAGAAAGGAGAAAUGGGAGACAUUGGUCCUCCAGGCAUAGACGGAACUUGGGAAAACCUCCGAAGAUUAGAGCUUAAAGGGCCACCAGGCGACUACGGACCAAGGGGAUCUAUGGGUGAUCCUGGAUACUUGGGUGUUCCCGGAAUACCCGGACCUGCUGGUCUGAGUGGCAUACCUGGACUGCCAGGGAAACGAGGCGAUGUUGGUCCGAGGGGAACUGACGGAAGGUCUGGUGCCCCUGGAAAAAAGGGACUUAUAGGAGAUGCAGGUGGCGAUGGGAUGCCAGGAAGAGACGGGGGCUAUGGGUCACCCGGUUACAAGGGAGACUUCGGAGAACUGGGUUUAGCCGGUCCAGUUGGAUUACCAGGUCCGCAAGGAUUACCUCUCAAUGUUGAUGAUGUCGUUAAAAUCAGAGGACCUCCAGGACAAGUUGGUGCACCUGGCCCUACGGGUUCUCCCGGUGAGAAUGGAGCAUCAGGUGGGCCAGGAAAGACUGGACCCAGGGGACUCAUGGGACCGUCUGGGAGACCUGGAGCUGAUGGAAACCCUGGAAUAGGCUUCAAAGGGCCGAAAGGAGACGCGGGAACUUCAGGUUACAUGGGUCUCCCUGGAAUACCAGGGCUACCUGGAUCAGACGGUGGAAUGGGUUUGAAAGGCGAUAAAGGAGAUCCCGGAAUACCUCUCGCUGGACCUCAAGGACCAACUGGCCCAAUAGGACGGACUGGAUCUCCGGGGCUCAAAGGAAUCAGUGGAGAUGCUGGAAAUCCUGGAGCACCAGGCAGCGGACUGAUGGGUUUGAGAGGAAUCCCUGGACCAAAAGGACAUCGUGGAUUUCCCGGUUAUCCAGGACCAAUCGGUCCUACUGGAUUUUUAGGACCAAAAGGACUGAAGGGCGAUUGCAAUACUUGCCCACCUCCUCCAAAAGGUCCAACAGGAGACGCUGGCGCAGUUGGUCUGCCAGGUUCCAUUGGAGACAGAGGAAUCCCCGGAUGUGUCGGUGUGCCUGGGAUUCCCGGUCUCCCAGGACCUUCAGGAGAAAUUGGGCCUCAGGGAGUCAAAGGCAUCACUGGUUCUCAAGGUUUAUCAGGCACUGAUGGUCCAAUGGGAGAUGCCGCAACUGUGGAUGUUACCCAAAUAAAACAGGGUCCAAAAGGCGAAAGGGGAGAUCAAGGUUACCAGGGUUGCAUUGGAGAUCCGGGUCCAAGAGGAUCUUCAGGGCAAAUCGGAGAUGUAGGCGUCAGUUUUGGGAGCCAACGUGGACAAAAGGGCGAGGCAGGUGAAAUUGGAUACAUGGGCUACCCUGGUCUUCAAGGCGACCGAGGAGUUAAAGGUGUCAGAGGAAUGUCGGGGGACGUAAUUAAUGCCCCGAUUGGCCCUCGAGGUGUCAAAGGAGAGCAAGGUGAUCCAGGUUACCAAGGAAUGGAAGGUUUCAAAGGGUUUCCCGGCACUUAUGUUUCUCCUUCAAAAAUUGUGGGACCACAAGGCAGCAGGGGUUCUAUGGGUUCCACGGGGAGAAAAGGCCAACAAGGUCCUACUGGUGACACGGGAGACGUUGGAUAUGCAGGCUACCCAGGGUCCAAAGGAAUUCGAGGUAACCCAGGAUUGUUGUUAAUGGAUCAACAAGGACCUAUAGGUUUGAAGGGAAUUCUUGGUGAAAUCGGCGCUGUUGGUCCAGUGGGAUAUCAGGGUCUAAAAGGUCAAAUAGGAGAAUCUGGACUCAGAGGACCAACCGGUCCAAUAGGCAUGAAGGGUCCCAUCGGCGAUCUACCAAUUGGACCACCGGGUGUCCCAGGAGCUAAGGGAGACACCGGAUACCCAGGUCCAAUCGGAAUGAUUGGCGCUCCAGGUCAAAGAGGUCACGCUGGUCAAGAAGGCGACGAAGGACCACCUGGCUGGCCUGGAUACCCAGGCCAACAAGGACCGAAAGGAUUUAGAGGAAACCCUGGAUCUGUAGUCGGAGCGAAAGGACCAAUGGGUGCUCAAGGGCCGUCCGGAAGACAAGGAGCACCUGGUCGACCGGGAUUGAAGGGAGGACGAGGCGAAGAAGGUGAUACGCAACCUGGCCUCGUCGGUGCAAAAGGAGAGCGUGGCGAUCCUGGAAUGCCCGGAUCUCGGGGAACAAUAGGAUUUGCUGGAGUAAAAGGAGAAAAGGGACAAACAGGACCUGCUGGUUUUCAAGGAGUCAACGGAAAACCGGGACCUAUGGGUGCAGAAGGAAUGUCGGGCCCUUCUGGAAAAAUAGGAAUACCUGGAUCUAUGGGUCCUUUUGGGGAUCCAGGCCUUUCUGGUUACCCUGGACUUGUUGGAUUCCCAGGAAUGCUGGGAACACCAGGAAUCCAUGGGGUUAACGGAGAACCCGGUGACAAUGGAGUUCCGGGUCUGCUUGGUCUUCCGGGACAAAAAGGCUCGAGAGGUGACCCUGGCAUUCAGGGAUACCGUGGAGCUACCGGACUUCCAGGUAACACCGGCUAUCGUGGUUACCCUGGAGACGUCGGAACUAGAGGGGCUAUGGGCCCAACUGGGUCGCAAGGAGAGCGUGGAUACACUGGUCUCCAGGGUCCAAGGGGCGCUCCAGGAGCAAAGGGUCAAAGAGGUCUGACUGGAAGCCCAGGAGUCAGGGGCCAAAAUGGAUUAGAUGGUCCACUCGGAGAUCCGGGAACCCCAGGUCCAAUUGGUUAUCCUGGUUCUGUCGGAAACCCAGGAGUGAACGGAUCACCUGGGCUGCCAGGCACAAACGGAUUGGCAGGUUCCCCAGGAGAAAUUGGAAUAAAUGGACUACAGGGAUCUACGGGCCGCCCUGGGGAAAAAGGGGAAAUAGGGCCUGCUGGAUCUCCAGGCGUAGCAGGCAUACUUGGCAGCAUUGGCGAAAAAGGAAAAAUUGGUGAUCCAGGAUUCAAUGGAUACCCUGGAAUAAAAGGACAUCCAGGUGCACCAGGUCUCCCGGGUCCCAGUGGAUCUCAAGGUGUCCGUGGACCGCAAGGUCAAAUAGGAACAAAGGCGACAAUAGGAUCGCUAGGUCUACCAGGGAUUCCCGGAGACCAAGGAAAGAAUGGCCAGCCUGGUUCGACAGGACCCGUUGGCGCUAGAGGCCCUCAGGGCGACAUCGGGCCCUCAUUCCAAGGUCCAAAAGGCCAGAGAGGUGACUUUGGAGGAAAAGGACUGCCAGGUGAUCCUGGAUUGAAAAUUGAAGAAAUUCAGACUGUGAUAUCUAAGGGACAACGCGGAUAUACUGGAGAAAAAGGUCAAGACGGAGAUCCAGGGCCUCCGGGCACACAAGGUCGUCCGGCUUUAUUUUCAUCCAAAGGACAACCUGGCGAGCAGGGACCAGUUGGGCUGCCAGGUCAGAUAGGAAUCUCAAUGCCAGGACCAAAAGGGUCUCGAGGCGAUACUGGACGUCCUGGUCAACCAGGCGAUAGUGGAUCAUCAAUUCAAGGCCGGCCUGGUGCACCUGGAAGAAAAGGUCAAUCUGGAGAUACUGGCCCUCGAGGAACUGAUGGACUACCAGGAGCUCCUGGUUUGCCAGGGCCAAAAGGUGACGUAGGCGAAACUGGAUGGUUUGGAGGGUACUUCGACGAGAAAGUUCAGGGGAAACUGGGUGACACAGGAUUUCCAGGACGACCAGGUCCAAAAGGCCGCAUAGGAGAUUCGGGAAUAAACGGUCAAGCUGGAAUGCAAGGAUCUCCAGGCAAUGUUGGCCCUCCGGGUCCAAAUGGUUUUCCGGGACCCCUUGGAGUCGCGGGAAAUCCUGGGAUGCGAGGUAGAGUGGGACUAAUGGGACAGCAAGGCAUGCAGGGCCCUCUAGGGUUCCAAGGACCAACAGGGCCCAAUCCUCGAUUCGCUUCAAUAACAUCGAUUCAUAGUCAGACAACUGAAGUGCCGAAAUGUCCCGAUGACACAACUGAGAUGUUCAAUGGCUACAGCAUGUUCAAACUAGAAGGCAACUUACGAUCAGAGCGACAAAAUUUGGGAGCAGCGGGGUCGUGUUUGAGACAAUUCAAUGUGAACCCUUUUCUAUUUUGCAAUUUCAAUGGAAAGUGUCAACACGCAGGUAGAAACGAGAGAUCAUACUGGCUGACAACAAUUGAUACAGAUCCUUUGAAAAUGCCACAACCUGUCAAAGGUCAAGAAAUAUUGAAGCACAUCAGCAGGUGCGCAGUUUGCGAUUUGAAUCGAAAACCGAUAACAUUGCACAGUCAGGAUAGAGAACCACCACAAUGCCCUCGAGGCUACAGCAGCUUAUGGACUGGUUACAGUUUUCUAAUGCACACGGACACUUCGCGACACUCAGGGGGUGGCAUGGAUCUCUCGUCAACAGGAAGUUGUUUCCGGGAAUUCACCACUUCCCCCAUCAUAGAAUGUAAUGGUAACCAGGGAUCGUGUGGUUUUUACGCUACCCGAAUGUCGCAUUGGCUCAUUGCCACCGAGCACCUCCAACCCAUCACGCCUCAAAUGAUAGAGGGGGAAACUGAGACCAGAAUGAAAGCUUCCAGGUGUUCAGUUUGCUUACCUAUUUGACAGAAAUUAUCGACUGAUCUCAUCAAACACUUGCAUUAACUUUGACCCAUUUCGACUGAUGAACUCAAAUUAUUUUAAAUUUGAUUCAAUAAA